AUGGAUAGUGGGCAGGCCCCCGGGCCGCCGCAUGCCCCACCCCCGCACGCUCCCGCCCCCACUCCCCGGAGGGGGUCACGGGGGAGAAGGCGGCGGCAGAGGCGGCGGCACAAUAACAUAAACACCGCGAGGCCGAGGGCCGACCGGUCCUUUGGCGUCAUCUGCACUUACCCAACAGCACAACGAACGGCAACAGGAAAGCCUGCCCGAGGGGGCCGGUGCUGUCCGGUUUGUCGCCAAGGCCGUUACCCAGCACGACUCACUGCUCUGCCUUUUGGACCGCGUCGUCCGGCCUUGGCGGCUUCGCUGAGUAACUGGGACGCGGGCCGUCACCACGCACGCCCGCUCCUUUAUCCUGUUCCUGAAGCCGAUUCCCAGACAAAGUCAGCUUUGCUUCUGAAGAGAGAUAAAGUAACUCAUCUAAGUUCCUGCAGCCAUUUAGUGGUGAGAUAG